GUACCAUUUGAUUUAAUAUGGACCAUAGGCUACAUAGUCCAUCCCCACUCUCUUUUCCCUUUCCUAACUUCCAAAAUCAAUGAUCAAAUCCUUGCCAGUUGACAAUGUAACAAUACUCAUACUUCCACAAUAUUCACGAAAAUACUUACUGUUAGAUAGCACUAUAAAUAGAGUUUCCAACUUUCCUUGUGCCAAACAAUACCUUUUAUUCAUACCAUUGCUUUUCUUCCAAAAAACAAUGGCAAGUAAAGUUGGUGAAGCAGCAACAGAAUAUCAAGACCUGUUACCUGUGAUGGCAGAAAAAUUGGACGUGGAGACGUUUGUCGCGGAGCUAUGUGGAGGAUUCAGGCUACUAGCUGACCCGAAAAAUGGCUUGAUCACAUCGGCGAGUUUACAGAAGAAUUCGGGGCUUCUUGGAAUGGAAGGCAUGAGCAGAGAAGAUGCAGAGGCUAUGGUAAGAGAAGGAGACUUAGAUGGAGAUGGAGCAUUGAAUGAAACUGAGUUUUGUAUACUCAUGGUUAGACUUAGUCCAGAAAUGAUGCAAGAUGCUGAAGCCUGGCUUGAUAAGGCACUCCAAAGAGAGUUGGCACAACCCUCUUGUUGAGUUUGUUAUUGUCUCAUUCAUUCUCACUUAAUUUGUCAAUCCAAAAAUAUGAAAUGAAAAAAUAUGCUGAAGAGCUAGCCUUCAUUAUUAGUAUAUAUGAUGGACUGUAUCUUAAGUCAAUUUGUUCAUAGAUUUGUGUCCUAGUUGAUUCAAUUAUGCAAUAUCAAGGAGAGAUCAGAUAAUAGGAGUGAAUCGCCAAAAUUAAUACAGGUUCAGAUUUGGAAGUUACAAGUUUCAAAUGUUGUAACUUAGAUGUACAUAAGUCUUAUGAUUCCCGUCUGCUUCAUUGAUCGUUUCUUUCGUAAAAUAUAUGUACUUUUUUCGGUGUUUUAAA